AUGACGUCAUCGAAAGAAAGUAAUGACGUCACCAUUAAUUUAGAAGAAGACAAAUCAGUUAUACCCAGUCGGAAAGAACAGAAAGAACUAUCUGAACUGCCACCUAUAGGUACUUCUCUCCAUAAAAGGCGUAGAGGUGAACCACCAGCAACAUUGUCGGUGAAGAAUCCACAAACACCAUCUGAUGCUGAAGGCUCAUCACCAUGCACGGCAGGACCUACUCCAGAAGAAACCUGGACUACACCAGAAGGUGAUACCACAGAUCCUGAAGCUUUGUGUGAAAGCAUGCUUCAAAGACUAAAAGAUAAAGAUGAUCCUCUAUCCAAACGCGGGAAGGAUUUAGCAUCCAGGACGAAAGACACAUUGGAGAGCUUAGACCAGUUGGAAAAACUUCUCGAACUUCUAGACCAGUUUGUAACCCUGAAGGAGCAAAAUGCUCGUCUCAUGAAACGUCUCCGAGACGUCAAUCAUUUAAAACGUCUCCAUAGUGCUCAUAAAAGAAUAGAUCAAGAGAAUGAAAAAUUGAAAGAUGAAACCAAGGAAUUGGAGCUCAUAAACGAAGCUUUAGACGCUGAGCUGGAAUGUGAAUAUGGACAAGCUAUUUUUGACUCGAUGGUAUCUGGUGGUAGGAGUAUGAAGAGAACUGGUUCCAAAUGGAAAGGCCACACCAGAUUUGGUGGUUCCUUGUUAAGAAAACAAAGAUCCAGGUCAGCUGGUGGAGAUGAGAGUGACGUGUGUCCUGGGACCCCACUGAGGAGGAGAUCUGAUGGAAUCUUCUGCAAAGAAGUGGAUAAAUCAAAAGUCUCGAACUGGACCAGAGUUAAAGCAGCUUUCAAAUGGGAGAAGGCUCAAUGGCCAGCUUCCACACUAGGGGGGGCAGCAGCGGUUGCUGCAGGGGCUAUGGUUGGUGCUGUGGCCCUUGCCGGUUCCUCUCCUGGCACUCUGCCAAACCCUGACCCGAGGGACUCCGCGAGCCUGACCCCUGGAAGCGCGAUAUCACUCACACCAAACUCCUCCUGCGAAGAACUGAGGAUGGAAACAGGAACUUGUCGGAGGAGUGGUAUGAGGAGUGACGACCAGGACAAUAUUUAUUUACAAGCUCCGAUGCAGGAUGAUAGUUCAACAUCGCCGUCUCCAAACAAGCUUCAUAAGAGUCCUUGGGUUAAGAUGAGAGACAUCAUACAGACGCAUCGAGAAUCUGUAAAGAAGAAGACCAGAGGAUCCAAGGGUUCACCAGAUGUAGUGCCUGCAAGAAGACGGUCUUUUAGUGAUGGCGCUGAUAGUGACGCGCCACCCGCUUUGACCCUCACUAUUCCUUCGUCAGAAGAACUAGAAUCCGAGGGUUCUCAUCCCGUUCUUCGUAAACAACGUUCCCUGGAGCUGGGAGCUCGUCCACCACAGCACAGAACUCCUCGGGAUUCCAAGUGGACGAGGGUCAAGCGAGCCUUCCUCACAUCAGCCUCUGCCUCCGUACCCUCAAGUCCUAACAGACAUUCUGCCUUCUUCACUGACGGAGAUGAUAGGAUCCCGGGCUUGGAAUGA